UUCCGGGUAUAUCAAAACAAACAAACGACCGAGGCGUUGGUGUCAUUCUCGCGCUUGUCACUUCCAAACCUGCAGGCUCCAUCAUGUUAAAAUCUUGUUUUAUUUACACAUUAGGAUUAUUUUCCUUUGUUUUUCUCAUAGUGGGCCUUUCCCUGGCGUUGUCGAACGUAUUUCCAGAGGUAGUGCAGUCAGAGGCGAAAAGGGAAAUGGUGUUGAAAAAUGGCACUGUGGCGUUUGAUGCAUGGGAGAAGCCACCGGCACCCAUCUACAUGCAGUUUUAUUUCUUCAAUCUGACCAAUCCCCUGGAGGUUUUGGAUGGGGACAGGCCGGCUGUGGUGGAGAUUGGGCCAUACACUUACAGGGAGUACCGGCCUAUGGAGGAAGUAAGCUUUGAUGAUAACGGCACCAAAGUAGCAGCCGUCAACACUAAAACGUACAUAUUCCAGCUCAACAUGUCACGAGGUCCAGAGAGUGACCUCAUCAGGACGGUUAACAUCCCUGCCAUGACUGUGAUGGGGCUGUUCAAGGAUGAACCUUUUUUUGCCAACCUGAUCUCAUCGUACAUGAGGGACAAGCAAGAGGGCUUGUUCACCACUCGCACUGUCGGAGAGCUCCUGUGGGGAUACCAAGACACGCUGCUCCAAGCUCUUCAUGUGUUCAAACCAGAUGUGGAUCCUUUUUUUGGACUCUUUUCUAAGAACAAUGCUUCCAAUGACGGGCAGUACGUCUUCUUCACGGGCCAGCAGAACUACACAGACUUUGCUCGAGUGGAUACAUGGAAUGGUCAAAGCUCAUUAAAUUGGUGGACAACUGACGAGUGCAACAUGAUCAACGGAACCAACGGGGCAGCCUUCCAUCCUGUCAUCACAAAGAAUGAAAAGCUCUACAUGUUCUCCUCAGACCUAUGCAGGUCUCUCUAUGCUGUGUAUGAGGAGGACGUGACUGUAAAAGGCAUCCCCGCGUACCGCUUCUCUCCCCCCAGCGAGGUGUUCGCCAACGAGACAGUGAACCCGAUAAACGCAGGCUUCUGCGUCCCCUCGGGCAACUGCCUAGGCUCGGGUGUGCUCAAUGUGAGCACGUGCAAGCAAGGUGCCCCUGUCAUCAUGUCCUCACCGCACUUCUACCAGGGGGACGAGAGAUUUGCGCGAAGCGUGUUUGGCAUGAGGCCCAACAAGAAGGAUCACCAGACCGUCAUGGACAUCCACCCGCUGACCGGAACCAUCUUGCAAGCUGCCAAACGUCUCCAGGUCAACAUCUAUGUGGAGAAAAUUCCCACAUUCAGCCAAACAGGGAACGUGAACACAAUCAUCUUUCCGAUAGUUUACCUGAAUGAGAGCGUCGUUAUCGAUGACUCAUCCGUGGACGAGCUGGCUGCCGUGGUUUUCAAGCAGAACGUGGUGACAAACAUUCCCUUCAUGAUGAUUGGGGUUGCCAUCCUGCUGGGCGGAGUCUUCAUGCUUCUGGUGUGUCGGCAAAAGAUCCCUGAGAGUACAGCUGCUGAACGGCAGCCGCUGCUCGCGUCAUAGCACUCCAAACAGGAAGUGACGUGUGGAGCAUCGCCAUGUUUCAAGCAGGAGUCAAGUAUUCAAUGUAUCUGCACGUUGGAGCUCCAAGUACAAGUUUUUGUUGUUUUUUUAAAAUUCCAGUCACCCUUGCGAUAAUGAACAUACACUAUAACCUCUCAGCAAUCUUUAAACCUUUAAAGAUGCUUUUUAGAAUGUGUCGAUAACUACUACAUGUCAUUGGAGGCUGCGGUUCCUUUAAAGUUAAAUUUUUAUGCUCAGGUGAAGUGCUUUUUGAAGGUUUAGCAAAUUUUAUCCAUACAGCGAGACUGAAAUAACACAGUAUAACAUAAAGGGAAGUUGAAUGGUCGAUUGUUUGGCUGAUCCCCUGUUUCCAAUGCUGUAUGUAAUGUUUUCCAUAUUCUUCUGACAAAAUGCUAUGCUAACCUUUUAAGGAGUUACCUGUCCCUUUUAAUAACCACUACAAAUGCCGCAUCCCUUUAUGCCUGUUCUUAUUAGGAACAUUUUAUCACAUUAUUAGAAGUAUAAGCUGUGUUAACAUUUUGGUUGUCCAACGUGGCACGAUAUCGCAGUAACAACACAAUGGCUGACAUUUUCUAGUUUUCCUGUGGUUCCUCUGUCCAGUUUCAGAUGUAAAAAAAGAAAUGUGUUUACAAGCGGCUAACCUUUGUGAAUUCAACACUGUGCCUGUUGUUGUAUUUUUAGGUAAUAUACAGUAUCAAACAA